GCGGCCCCGCCCACAUCAGUGAGCGUUGUGUCAGGUAGAGGAACUCUCAGGACUGGGUUCGCCGUCGGGUUAGAUGGUAGAAACAUCCCCAGAGAGGUUCGGUUCGGGUGUAGAGAGGUUGGGUUCCGGCCUCAAAGCCAUUUCCGGGGUUUGAACCUCUGACAGCAGCAGCAGAAGAAGAAAAGGCUCCUUCCUCUGUAAGGUAAGACUCUUCUCCGUCCACCAUGCGAAAGCGUCUGGACAAAAUCCGCUUCCGAGGCCAGAGGCGGGAUGAAUUCCUGGAUGUGGCAGAUUCACCCUGCAAUUCUGAUGUGGAGAGCAGCGAAGAUCUUGUCCUGAAACCUCAGAUAUUAUCCCGAGAGCCAGAUGAAGCAGAGGGCGAGCAGCAAGCAGAGAUCCAGGCUAGUCGAGGAUCGUCUUCAGCCUCUCUUCAAGAUGAUGCAAAGACAGAUUUAAAUGAGAUCAAAGGACACCUUGAAAUUGCUUUGUUAGAGAAACACUUUUUACAAGAGGAGCUGAGGAAGCUAAAGGAAGAAUGUAAUGAAGAUGCACUGAAGCAGGAGUUAGAGAAGGAGCGCAGCCGGCGCAUGGAGCUGGAGCAGAAGACCACUGAAGUUCUGAACUCCAGAGAGGAGUGUUCUCCAUCUCGAUCACCUAAAGCCCCUUCUGGUCCUCCAUUUGAAAACUGCAGUUCAGAUAAGCAGAUAGUAAACCUGUCAACCAGCAUCCUGAAAUUCCUCCAUGAUCGUUUUGGCAUCACCAUCGAAGACUUUCGCAUCCAGCCGGAAGAGACGACAGUGGAGCCGGAGGAGCCACUGAGUGCCAGGAGAUUGACUGAAAACAUGAGACGGCUAAAAAGAGGAUUCCGACCCCUGACCAACUUCAAGAGAAGCCUCUCAGCUUUGUCCUGCUGGUCUUCCAUCUACACAUCAGCCUUUGCCUUUGUUAUCUACAUGCAUGCAGUGUGGCGUGGCUGGACCAUCCCAAUGCUUCUAUUUCUCGCUAUCCUGCGCCUCACUCUGAAUUAUCUUAUUUCUAGAGGCUGGAGGAUCACGUGGAGCAUCAUUCCGGAAGUCUCUGAGCCAGUGGAGCCUCCAAAGGAAGAUCUGACGGUAUCUGAGAAGUUCCAGCUGGUUCUGGAUGUUGCACAGAAAGCUCAGAAUUUGUUUGGAAAGAUGGCCAACAUCCUGGAGAAAUUUAAGAAUCUGUUCAUGUGGGUCCAGCCAGAGUUGACUCGGAAGCUCUACGUUGGUCUGUGGGUGGCUUUUGUCUCUUCGUGCCUGCUGCCAUAUCCGCUGCUGGGAUUCCUCAUAGGUGUGUAUGCAGGUAUCAAGUUCUUCCUCAUUGACUUCCUCCUCAGGAGCUGUCCAAAGCUGAGGCAGCGCUUCGACACUGCGUACAUCAUAUGGACCAAUUUACCAACGGAUCUUCAGGUGAAGGAGCGCAGCAGCUUCCCAGGGAGCAAGCGGGCUCUGACAGGAAGGCGAUCUCCUGUCACCGGAGGAGUUCCCCAGGGCGUCGGCCGAGACGAGGAAGGAGGACGGCUUCACAACUCAAAGAAACAACCUUUUCAUGAAGUUUUUAACUUGCCAGAGAGUGAGCGGCCUCUGGCAGUGUGUGAGAACGGCUGGCGCUGCUACCUCAUCAACAGAGACAGAAAAUCCCCAACAGAAUACAUUCGCCAUGGCGUCCUUUACCUCACAGAGAGUCAUCUAUGUUUUGAGAGCUCCAGUUCUAGAUCUGGAUCAUCUAAGAGAAACAAAGUCAUCAAACUAAAAGACAUCACCGAUAUCCAGAAAUACAAAGUGCUGUCCGUGCUGCCUGGAUCAGGGAUGGGCAUCUCCGUGGCAACACCAUCCACCCUAAAGCCAAUGGUUUUCGGUGCGAUGAUCCACAGAGAUGAGGCCUUUGGUGCCAUUUUCUCUCAGUACAUGAAGAUUGUUUGUCAGGAUGCAUCCAUCAACACAGACACGUAGACUGUCAUGCACUGCAUUGGUUGUCUCAAAUGGGAUUGUUGUCGGGCACCAGUCAGAGAAUUUAGGAUUGUAUUUUGUUCGGUGUACUCUGGUAGAAUACUUCUCUUUCUUAGUUUUUAUGCAAAACUCACUUUUGUUUGCUCAUCAACAUAUCCUCUCAUGAACGGCAUAUUUUUUUAAGGAAAAGUACAUUAUUUAUCACUUAUUGAAUUGCUGAUCAUCUAAAGACUUAUUUCUUAUUUUGAAGCUUCACCAAAUGCCUCAUUCACAACUGCCCUUAGGGGUCGGCAUGCAAAACAUAGGUAAACCUGUUCGGGGCACGCAAGCGGCCCACACAAAAAUCUAAAAAGGUGGACCACAUGGUGAGUCCGUAGAGAAAAGGCGUUCCUGCAUAUUUUUCUACAGGUAUGCUACUGGCCACUGAGGAGACGCAGGCACGUUGAAUGGAUUCUGAUUUCUUUCAACCACUGCAAACCUCGCGGUCUGUGCAGGAGCCUCUUUGCGCUGACUAACAUUAGACAUUUAGACAAUCGGAGUGUAGUUUGUGUUGACAUCCUACAGAUGUCCUGUGUGCUUUUACACAUCACGUGCACACUCCUUUACUAACGACUAGAGUGCAAUGUAAGGGCACCGUAUCACCUGAACGCCAUAAGUGUGUUUAACUUACAUUAUCCUUACAAAUACUUCACAGUACACUUACCACACGCACAACAAUGGUACGUUCCAUUUUACUGACGUCCCUUAAAGUGGACAACCCAAAAACCCACAGUACCCAUACAGGUCCACCCCCCGGUACGGGUACAUGUGACUACGACAAAAGUUACUAUUUUAUCUUAUUUUUGUAGGUUUUUUAGCAUUAGGUUUACAUAUUGCAGGGCAUUUCUAUAGACCUGAAACAGGGUCUUUUCAUCAGUAAAUCUGGUGUUUUGUUGGUUGAUAGUAUUUCCCGGUCCUCCGGGCCGUGCAUCUGCUCUGUGUUCACACCGUUGGGCCCAGCUGACUGCCGUAAGCCAACACUGAAUGUCUGCAGCAUCAUUCAAUUGCAAAUAAGUCUUUUUAACAAAACGAGAAGCACAAAUAACGGGCGCAUUUGCUCGAGUUUUAGUCUGUUUUCAAUUGAGAUUUGGAUCAAAAUGAUCCAUUUGGUGGUGUGUUCACUUUAGACUCUUUGAUGACGGAGAUGCCUUUGAAACCUGACUCCGUGUUUAGCUGUUCACCUGCAGCUGCACAGCAUUUGCAUUUCAAAGUGAUUUGAAAUGGCUGGGGUCGCAGGACCACCCAGAUCGCUGGGAAAUGUGAUUCCCGAUGAUGUCAUCAGUAGUGUCAUUUAAGCUGAAUUUAUGACGGAGCCCACUCUGUCCAGAAAAAUGUCUUUUUUACCACUCCAGAUGAUGAAAACUUAACUAAAGAAGUUAAGAAACACCUGGACAGAUAGAUCUUAUAUCUUUAAUCUCAUAUCCUGCAGCACUAUAGAGAAUGCAGUUCGCCCCUUUUUAAUUUUAUUUAAAAUAUUUGUGUUCUGCCUCUGUGUUUCCUGCUUCUGUUUGGUGGACGAACCACUUCCUCCUCAUCGUGUACCUGCACGUUUGCAAACCCAGCAAGUGUAAGACAAAGAUGCCCUUCAGGUUAAAAACACUGGAGACCAUCGCAACGCUUGAAAAGUGUUAUUCGCGGGAUUCAGGAUACGGUUGAUGCCUUCAAUAUUUAAGAAGAGCGUUUCUGAUUUCUGAGGAUUGUCCGGAUUAAGAUGAGAUCCUAGGGAGUAAAGUGUCAUGUUUUUGAAUAACAGCCUUUCUUGUCAUAACAGUUCAUGUUUGCUAACGAUUUAGACAUUGUAACCUUUAAAAAUCUAUUUAGACAAGUGUUUGUGAAAAAUGAACCACAUUUGGACCUGAGAAGCCCUACACUUAAUAAUAUAAUCAGGGAGCUACAGAAUCCCUGCUAAUCCUAAUCUAUGUAUAAUCUGCUGUGUUCAUUGUGUUUUGGGUUUUGUGUAAAUGUUCUUUUUGUUGUCAUUUCUGGAAUGGCGAUGACACUCUAAUGCCUUUUGGAUCAGUUAUUACUCUUUAUUUUGUCCUUGUUAUUGCUAACAUUGUUUUUUAAUCCGUCUGAUCCAACAAUCAUUGUCCCGUUUGCAGUUAUUCUGACACGUUCGAUACAUUUUGAUUCCCUUUUUUCCUGCUAUGUUUGGCACUGUAGAGACAUAUAUACAACAGAAAAGUCACCUUUGAGAUGACUUUAAGGUGUGUGUCCUUGUUUCAACAAAGAACAUGACGCAAAAGCAUUUAAAAGAUCGCUACGACAAGAAAAAGAAAAAACAUAAUAAAAAAUAGAUAAAAUAAAAACCUUUCAGAAAA